AUGGCUGAUAUGGAUGUCAUCGUGGCCUCGGCCGUCUCCGUGGUGUUUGACGCCGUCGAGAUUGCGGACGCCCUACCGAGUCCGUGGCCAAUGGUGCGGCAUUUCCAUCUCGUCAAGGAGAGCCCGCCAGCGGGGGGAGACCUCUCCCUGGUUGAACAUUUCCGACCGAUCACGGUGUUCAGUUCAUGGUGCAGGGAAUGCGCAACAGAUCGCCUGCGAUCUGCCUCCUGCGCCGCCUGGUGCAAGCAUUGGUGUCCGCAAGAGGCCCGCGUAGUAACGAAGGGUGUUGCGGUGCACGACGCGGCGGAACGGGUCGUCGCUGCACUGGAGGCUGGCGAGUUCGGCGCGUCUUGGGACUACAGCUUGGCGUUCGAUAGGGUACAUUCUACGGCAGCAACGACACCAGUGGAACAUAUGGGUAUGCCCAGCCACUUUGCGAAGAUGCUGGGAAGGCAAUGGUCCAACCAACGACGGUGGCUGCGCAGCUACGGGGCCAUUGCCGAGCAGCCAGAAUGCGCGUCCACUUCCCUUCCACAGGGGGAUCCGCGGUCCGCCUUGGCUCUUACGGUGCUCACAGGUCGGCUCUGUGAGGUUGCCGCGCAGGAGCCAUGGGUCACACCGCGUCGUGCGGUGACGGCCCGGCGGCAGCUGCAGGCGCGGGGUGUCCGCGCGGACAUCAUUUCCCAGGGCCGCCUCUACGCCAAUGAGGUCAAACGCGUGUCCAAACGCAACGACAGGUGGAACGCGCGCGGUUGCCGCCGCUCCUUCCCCGACAGCUACAGGAGGCGAUGGCUGUGGGGCCACUCUUCGACUCAAGAUGGGUGGUCCAACUCCACGCCGCCGCGCGCGGCCACGGACAGACUCCAGGCGGCCGUCCACAACGCCGCAGAUGUACCACCAUUGUCGUCGCCUUGCCUCAAGUGCCUGGUCGUGGGUCACAGGGUCGACGCACGUGUCCGCGCGCAGCAGGCGACGCUCGCGUGCAGGAUUGCCCACUACGACGCGAAGCGGCCCAAGGCCGUCAUCGCCAGCACGCAGAAACACCAGCCUACGUUGGCGGUGUUCAUGGGAGGGGCGCUCUCCAGAGACGCUCGGGAAUGGCCCACGGGCGAAAGACGACGGAAGGAGGUGGACUGGUGUUUGCUGCUGCGGGUGGCAGAUGCCAGGGCCGCAAAUGUUGGAUCACAGGUGGAGGCCGCGUCCGCGGCGCUGAGCGCCAACAUGUCGCGCGACGCCGCCCACGCCGCCACUGGGGCGAGGCUGGACGCAGCGCUGGCCGCGCAGCGCCUGGAGGAGGUCGCCGAGCACGAGGCCGCGACGGUGGACAGCGCCGCCGCGGACAGGGCGCGGGGCUGCCAGGACAGGCUGGCGGCGGCGGGCGACGCGUGGAAGGCCGCCGCGGCGGCGGAGGCCGCCGCGGAGCGGAGGGAGGCCGCGGCCGCCGGCGCGGAGGAGGCUGCCCUCGCCGCCGCAACGAAGGCCGGGGCGCUCCGGCAAGACCGCGAGCGGGAGGCCCAGGAGGUCGCGGCCAACGCCUCCCUGGUCGCGGGCGCGCUCCGGAGGAGACUCGGCAGCGCGGAGGUAGCCGACUGCCUCGGCGCCCGCACCCCUGCCAACGCGAGCGCGCGGCCGCGCACGCCAGAGGACGCCGGCGCCUCCGCGCCGUGCGCGGCGGGCCCGCCGCCUGAGGACGGGAACGAGUUCUGCGUGUCUUGGGCUGCGGAAGGCCAGUGCGAGGCGAACCUGGAGUACAUGCGGGACAACUGCGCCAAGAGCUGCCGCAAGGGCCCGGCGCUGCCGCCGUGCCCCUCGGGCGCCGCCGCGGAGCCGCUGCUGGCGGCGGGCCAGCUGGCGAGCAUGGUGGCGCAGCUGCGGGCCGUGACUGCGGCGCUGCCCCCGGCCGCGGACAAGGAGUUCGGCACCAGCAGGGACGCUGGCGAGGGCGACGGCGGCGCCCUGGCGGCGGCCCGCGCGGGGGCGGCGGGCGCGGCCCGGGCCCUGGCCGCGGCGCGGGAGCACGAGGCCUCGGCCCAGGCCGCGUCGGCCCGGGCGGACGCCGCGGCCAGCCGGGCGGCAUCUGCGCUGAGCCUCGCCGAGGAGGCAAAACAGGUAGCGCAGCUGGCCCGCGAGGCAGCGGCCCUGCGCGCCAGCGCCGCCGAGAGGGAG